AUGGAAGAUCAAGGAGGAGGAGGAUCCAUCAGAAUCGACAAACUGACGGACUCCAACUUCUACGUGUGGAAGCAGAAAAUACAACUUCUGCUUGCUCUACGUGAUGUUGACGAAUACAUCGUUGAGGGAAGAGUUCCAAGUGAGGAACGCGCGGAAGAGCGUAAGAAGUGGAUCAGAGGUGACAGUAAAGCUAAAGCACUGAUUGGUCUCUCCCUAUCAGAUGAGCAUCUUGAGCAUGUACGUGAUGUUGAUACUGCUCAUGAGAUGUGGGAAGCUAUUGUCAACGUGUUUGAGAGGCACACUUUGCUGAACAAACUAGCUGCACGUCGUGAGUUCUACACUGUGAAGAUGCUUUCCGGUGAAAAGGUGCUUGCAUACAUCAAUCGUGUCAAGCAGCUGGCAGCCAUCCUCAAGUCAAUGAGCGUAAACAUCGAUGACAAGGAGAUGGCCAUGGCAGUGCUCAACGGUCUGCCUGCCCGUUUCGAGGCUCUCAUCGUUGCACUUGAUGCUCUCGGUAAUGAGGAAAAGAUAUUCAGUUUGGACUUUGUAAAAAGUCGUCUGCUGCAGGAAGAGCAACGAGCAAACAUGAAGUCUAGCUCCUCACAGACAUCGGCUCUGGUUAAUCGUGCCCCGAACAAUCGGGACAUAAACGAUUACAAAUGCACGAACUGCGGUCAUACAGGCCAUACGGCAACCCGCUGCUGGGGAAAGGAUUUGAAUGGGCGUCGCCCGGCUCCUCCUAGCGGAUAUAAACCGCGUAUGUCUCAGCGGAAACAAUCUGCAUUUGUCACACAGAAACCUGAUCCCGACAUGGUUGUAAACAGCGUCGACUUCACAUGUCUGAUGUCGAAAGCUUCGCACACGAACGAUGUGGAGAUGUCGCCUUCGUGGCUCGUAGAUUCAGCUUGUACCGCUCAUAUUACAUAUGACCGAUCUUUGUUUGCAACGUAUGAGCCACUUGAAUCCGCCUCUGUUCAGAUGGGAACCAAGGCUAGUGCAAAGGUUGCCGGCCGUGGUGACGUUCACUUGAAGUUAAAUGUGAAUGGCCGCAUCGAACCGUGCAAGUUGACGGAUGUAUUGCACGUUCCGGACUUUGCGUUCUCUCUGCUCUCUGUCAGUCGAAUGACUGAACUUGGACUAAAAGUUGGGUUCGAAAAUGGAAAAUGCAUGAUCAGACGAGGCUCAACUGUAGUGGCGACUGCGACAUUGGUUGGAGAACUUUACGUUCUCGACAUCGUCAGUGACAUCGGAUCUGCACAUGCUGCCACCCUGCAAACGUGGCAUGAGCGCUUUGCACAUGUGCAUUCUCAAGGUAUUGCUUCGAUGAUUCGUGACAAUGUGGUAAGUGGAGUCAAACUACUUGGUAAUGAGGCUAACAAAAUCAACAAUACUGACAAUGAUUGCAUCUCUGAAAAAUGUUCUGCGUGCGUCUACGGCAAAGCCACUCGAUCUGUGAUCCCAAAAGAGCGGUCCUCGAGGCGGCCAUACUUCUGUCUAGACUUAGUUCACUCUGAUGUUUGUGGCCCCUUAGAGGUGCAGUCCAUUGGUGGUGCCAAGUACUUCAUUACCUUCAUAGAUGAUCACUCAAACUGGUCAGUAGUGUACCCUAUGCACCAUAAAUCAGAAGCAUUUGAACGAUACAAAAUGUUUGCACAACUUGCUCAGACUCACACUGGUCGCAAGAUCAAAGUGCUUCGCACCGAUCGAGGUGGUGAGUAUCUGUCCACGGAGUUUAAGUCUUUUCUGAUUGCAAAUGGUACUCAGCAUCAAAUGACGACCGCGUACACACCGGAGCAAAAUGGCGUCGCCGAACGACUGAACAGAACUUUGGUAAACUUGGUGCGCUCCAUGCUAGCGCACAAGAAAGUUACAAAGGGGUUCUGGGCAGAAGCACUUGCCAAUGCAGUGUACGUUCGAAAUCGAGUCACGUCACGUGCCAUUCCCCCAAAGAUGACCCCCUACCACUUAUGGAUGAAAUCUGUGCCAAAUGUUGGUCAUUUGCGUGUUUUCGGUUCAAAGUGUUGGUAUACAUUACCAAAACACAACAUCCAGAAACUUGACGCCCGUGCAAAGGAGGCAAUGUUUCUAGGGUAUGCUGAAAAUACGAAAGCUUACAAGUUGUGGGAUGGUGAUUUGCACAAAGUGAUCGUAUCCAGAGAUGUUACUUUUGACGAGUCCACGGGAGGCAAAUCUGGUGAACCGAUGGAUACAAACGAGGAGGCUGCAACUGAUGAUGACACAAUCAACUUGAACAUCGAUGAGGAAGUUGCAGAAAAUGAUGCAGUGGCAUCAGAAGCAUCAUCGCCGGAUGAACAACAAGACUCUGACGAAUCCUCCAACUCCUCCCCAACUGCAGGGGAGGACGAAACUACCGAAACAGUUGAGCAACACGUAGUUGAGGAAGAAACGAUUGAUCCGCCACCUAAUCUCCGUCGGUCCACUCGCGUUCGCAAAACGCCUGGGGCGUGGUGGGCAGCAGCUUUGGUGACUGCUGGACUCCUUAGCCACGCCCAUGUGAUAACGGAAAUCCCAAACUCGUACAAGCAAGCUAUGGAUUCUCCAAAAGCUCGCUUCUGGCAGAAGGGCAUCGACAAAGAACUUGCUUCACAACACAAAAACAAAACAUGGACACUUGUUCCAAGAUCUCAGGCAUCAAACGUCCUGACGUCCAGGUGGGUUUUCGGAGUGAAGCAACUUCCUGACGAGUCCGGAAAAUUGGUCGAAACUGCAAAGGGACGUCUUGUGGCACGAGGCUUUCAACAAGUAGAAGGCAUCGAUUACACUGAAACUUUCGCCCCUGUCAUCAAGUUCACAACUAUCCGUCUGCUGCUGGCACUGGUUGCGCACUUUGACCUUGAGCUGCAUCAGAUGGACGUGGUGACUGCCUUCCUCAACGGUGACCUUCACGAAGAAAUCUACAUGGAGCAACCUGAAGGAUGCAUCGACAAAGUCAAACCUGAUUCGGUGUGUAAACUUUUGAAAGCAAUCUAUGGUCUUAAGCAAGCCCAUCGCCAAUGGCAUAGUAAGAUCGAUGAGUUUCUGAUCACUGAACUUGGUUUCAACACUACACGCAGCGACCCAUGUCUUUACAUUCGACGUCAAGGCAAUGUCAUCAUGAUUAUCGCGUUGUACGUGGACGAUCUGCUGCUAGCUGGAAGUGACUUGGAGGCCAUAUUAUGGAUGAAAAAUGAACUCAACAAACGAUUCGAUAUGAAAGACCUUGGCGAGGCGAAGACUUGUAUUGGCCUAGAGAUCGACCGUAUACGUUCUAAACACGUCCUGACCGUCACGCAGUCGAAGUAUGCCCAAGCAGUACUGAAACGGUUCAAAAUGUCGUCAUGCAAUCCUUGCGUUACUCCGAUGGAACAGUCUCGACAUGUCACAAUGCAAGUGGCCGAAACUGGCACUGAUGACAACCCAUGCUUUGAACCAUAUCGUCAGGCCAUUGGAUGUCUAAUGUUCCUAAUGGUCGGGACCCGCCCCGAUAUUGCGUAUGCCAUUGGAAAGUUAUCUCAACACUGUGCCGACCCUCACGAUUCGCAUUGGACAGGUGUGAAACGUGUUUUGAGAUACUUGCGUGGGUCCCAGCAUCUUGGAAUAGUGUUUGGUAAAGAUGAUCUUGGUACGGAACUUCAUGGGUAUAGCGACGCAGAUUGGGGUGGAUGCCUUGAAUCACGAAAAUCAACGAGUGGGUACGUGUUCAAGCUUUGUGAUGGGCCUAUCAGUUGGGCUUCCCGGAAACAAACAGUAGUUGCAAAGUCUACUUGUGAGGCAGAAUACAUCGCACUCAGUGAAGCAUGCAAAGAGGCCGCGUGGCUUCGACGCUUCCAUGCCGAUGUACUUGGUGCAAAUUCGGAUCCAACAAUUCGCGUUGGAUGUGACAACGCUGGUACGAUUGCGUUUGCUCAGAACGAAUCUACAAAUCGUCGGAACAAGCACAUUGAUAUUACGUAUCAUUUUGUUCGAGAUGCGGUGCAGCGAAAACUGGUCACAUUGUACCAUUGUCCGACAACAGAAAUGCCAGCCGAUAUGCUGACCAAACCACUUGGUCGCGUGCUGUUUGAAAAGUUCGUGAGCAUGGUUGGGCUUUCCGAGUGCAAAGCUGCCCAAAGCAUGUGA